ACCAGGCGUAACAGUCGAAUAGCGUUAUACAUACAGUGCGCAAGGAUAUAUGUUUUUUGGUUCUUAAUACGCGCAGUUAUAUAUUACGGAUUAGGAUAACUCUUUCGCUCUGUGAAGAUUAUCAGACCGGAUUAAAGAUUAAUCUAUGUAUCUGAUAAAAUCAAACAAAAUUUCCUUUUUCGUUUUAAUGAAAUAUCGUUAACUGAUCUCUUGAUAAAGCUAUAGCAUUCGAUUUUUGGAUAUUAAACAAACAGAAGUUAAGAGUGUCGCGCGCGAGUGUGGAAUACUAUUGAAUAUUAAACCGACAGUGCUUUUUUCUUUUCGGAUAUACACUAUAUUUUUCAUAUCAUAAUAAAGAGAGAGAAAGAGAAAAAAGAAUAUAUCUGAAGAAUGAACACGAUGUAAAUAUUCUCUUAAAGAGGGGGAUAUUAUUUAAACACAUAAUUUAACAAUGUGAGGCUAUAAAACAAAAAUAUUGUUCUGUGUUUAUUUUGGAGUUAUAUUUGUGUGAAUAAUUUGGAUUAUCAUCCCGAUAAAACAAUUUGGAUUAACGUAGUAAUUGUGGAUUUUAAUAAAUUACAGAGGAUGGCCUGUCGGACAAUCUGGACGUGUUUACUUGCACUUCUCGGACUCUGCACGUGUGCACGGGCUACGGCCGUAUGUACAACGACGGGGCCCCUGGGUAUGAUCACAGGAGAGAUGAAGGACUGGCAGAUCACGGCCUCCUCAGCCUAUCCGUAUGAAUGGGACAACAAAUGCAGGGAAAAAUAUGCUCGGGUAUACUUAGAGAACAAAUAUGGAUGGUGCGCUAAAUACAAGUCCUCAUCAGAAUGGCUACAAGUUGACCUUGGUGUUGCUUCUAGGGUAACGGGUGUGAUGACACAAGGUCGAGCAGAUGGCAACGAAUGGGUGACGGCGUUUAUGGUGUCAUACAGUAUGAACCGUUUUGAUUGGUUCUAUGUGAAUGACCAAUACGGCAACCAAAAGGUGUUUGAGGGCAACACAGAUUCCUAUUCGGUGAAGCACUCGUACCUGGAUGAGCCGAUUGUUGCUAGAUUCAUAAAGUUCCACACCGUACAGUGGAACCGACACCCUAGUAUGAGAGUUGAGAUACUUGGUUGCCAACUGUGUAAGCAACCAUUGGGCCUCCCACCUUACGGAAAGCUGACGGCUUCAUCCUUCAAGAAGAGCGCUCAGUCAUGUCAACCUGAAGAUGGAACCAUUCUCAGUCACAAAGGAUGGUGUGCCAAGAAAAAGAAAAAGGCGCAAUGGUUGCAGAUUGAUAUAGGACCUCCAACACUGGUGACAGCUGUCAUAACGAAAGGCCGAGGAGACUCAAAGAGAAGUCACUGGGUGAAGCGAUUCAUGCUCUCCUACAGCAAUGAUUCCUCUGUCUGGUACAAGUACAAAGAUGCCCACCAUCUUGACCCAAAGAACGAGUGGUUGUGGACACCGACGUAUAAUGCGUCUACAUCACAAUUAAUUCCUGACCAGUAUACGGACGAGGGCCUGAUUUUUGGAGGGAAUAGCGACAAAGAUACAGAGAGGAUACAUUAUCUCAACUCCCCCUUUGUGGCAAGGUUUAUUCGAUUUUAUCCUAUUGAAUGGAACAAGAAAAUUGCCAUGAGGGUCGGUCUGCUCGGCUGUCCAUAUAAAGGAAAAUGUCCGGCUGGAUUUAUGCGGGUGAACGAAGACUCACCAUGUGUGGAAAACCUUGCGUUCAAUAAACGCGCCCUGAUCAGUACGAGUGCACGUCACAAUAAAAGACACAUCAGUACAAAGGUGGUGUCGCAGGACAGAGCAUCUCAGGCGGUAGACGGCCGUCUGGAACAGGGUCUGAGGUUCUGCACGAUCCUAGACAACCUUUAUGGUGACGUGUUCACCAUUGACCUUGGUAGACAGCAGAAAGUGUCCGGGGUCCUUAUUUAUACAUGGCAAGGAGAGGGAGAAGAUGGUGUAAGUGCAUACAAAGAUUAUAUGAAUAAUUUAGAUAAACUGCUUGUUUAUGUUGAUGAUACCGGCGGCAAGGAUAAUAAGAAAGACCCCGAUUCGACGUCACAAUUGUGUGCUUAUACGUCAAGACUUAAUGAUGCUUUAUUUAAACCAGUGCUUCACUUCCCGUGCAUGCGGGCGCUGGAAGGGAAGAAAGUUUUAAUAGAGGCGUGGAACGUUGAGAACAGUUGGAAUAGGAUUUUCAGUGCAGUGUUAUGCGAAGUUCAAAUCUAUGGGUAAUUCAUAUGGUUGGAGAAUAAAAAGAUGCAUUAAUGAUUGACUGAAAACAUGCAGACCUCAGCUAUGUAGAUACUCAACUGUGAUUCUUAUUUAAUGAAAAAAAUAUAUGAAUACAACUUCGUUCUUGUUUCAUGUAUAGGAUUACUUUAACCGUUGCACAGUUUUUUUUAAGAAUACGUAGGGUAUCAAAUUAAUUUAUUGACAGGGUAAUAGUAAUUCAAAGGAAAUAGUGUUUUAAAGAAUAAAUGGAAAAGUAUCCAUAGAUGAUAUGGUCAUUACGAAUUUUCAGCUGUUUAACGACAUGGAAAUGUGUUCAGAAUAGGAUGCAUAACUGAACGCCCACUCGAAGAACAAAAGAGAUGUUUUAUGUAAAUAACUGUUUAAUUAAGGCCAGCAAAGUGUUAUAUAUUUUACAUAGUGUAAAUGUAUUCAAACACGAUAUUAUUAUUUCGAUUUAUGUUUGCAAACUUUAUUGUAACCCUGAUGUGGUUCAAAGUUGUAGACACACGUGAAUCAUACAGUAUGUUGACAUUGAAAUGAUAUGUUGGAUGUUUCGAAUGAAACAAACUCUUUAUUAAGAGAAACGUCUGUUUGAAACGUCUACAACCAUACAUCAGAUGCGAAGUUUAAAACUUGACGGAUUUUGGGCAUUUUUAUUUCCCAAAAUGCCAGUAUUUUGUCACAAAUACUACACAUUUAUAUGCGGAAACUUUAUAUAAGAGAGGCCUUAAGGCAAAGAGUUCAGCUUUUUUAUGAUUUAUUGCAAGAUUUCGUGUUUUGCCAAAGUUGUGCUGGAGAACAACAGAGAUAUAGGACAUGUUUAUACUGUAGACAAUGAUAUAUCUUCACUGGUUUUACAUAGAGAUUAGCACUGACCUGUUGUGUUUUCAUGUAAACGAAGUUGGUCUGACUUUAUCCAAUAUGUACUUGUCAUGUGUUAAUUAGGCUAGCAAUUUAUUAUUGUUAAAUGUAGAAUGACUUUAUCCAAAGUGCACAUGCAAUGUGGUAGUUAAUGUUAGCAAGUGGCUAUAUUUACGUUAGGGUUGGCUUUAUCCGUAUAUUUGUCAUGUGUGAACUAGGUAAGCAAGUCAGUUACUAAAUACAGUAAAGACUGACUUAAUCUAAAUGCACAUGUUAUAUAUUAGCUACAUGGUUAAAUAAAUUUGCGGAUGACAGUCGGUUAUAUGUCACUUGUAGACACUACUUUAAACAUUGAAACUUGACUUUGCUCCUGCAUGUAAGUUUAUCAUUUAGUAUUUAAAAUGAAAAGUAAGUUAUUUACAUUUGAAUUUGCAAAAUAUAAUAAUCGUGCUAUUUAUCCAGUUUCAUACAUUCAGUGAAAGGCGUUUACAUGUAUGACACUAUUAUUUGGCUCACACGGUAAGGUUGUCUGUACAGUAGGGCCUUAGAACUGCCUUCCUCACACUUAAAUCAUACAUAGAUCAAGAAAUGGAAUCUCCUUAUCAUUCUAACCAACGCCGAAUCUCAUCCUCAUGAUCGUUUGUACUGUUUCAAGUUCUAACCUCAGGACAAAUUUAAAUUGUUCAAUUUAAAUCGAGAAAUAUGUACCAACUUUUUAGCGGAGGAUUAACUCGCGAAAAAAUUGAGUGCACAUUUCUCGGUUAAAAGCUAAUACUUUUUUAUUACGUACGCAUUAACACUUGCAAACAACAUGAAUAUUUAGCCAGAAAAAAAGAGAAAGUAUCAAAGUUUGUGACCAUGCAAUAAAAUGACGUUAUAAAUGACGUCACACACUCGAAAUGAUAUGAGGAAAUAUCUAAGCUUUAUGUUCCGAUUUGAAAAAUGCGUAUGUAAUAAACUUGAAUAUUUACUAUAAAGGGCUACACAAAUAGAGGAACAAGUUCACUUCAGCUUCAUACAGUUAAUUUUCUUUAUGCAUACUAUUUUUAAAGAAAGUUGCACCAAUCGCAUUCUCAGGAAACAUAUUAAGGAAUUUAAUUUCAUUUAAAAUCUUUCAGCCAAGAGGAAACAAAAUGCCUGAUACGGUUUUACUUUUCGGAUAUGAGUCGCGUCUUGCAAGACUUCACUUUGGUCUGAAAAGUAUAACUAUACUGGUAAAAAGUUCAGGUAAACGUUCAGAUUCAAAUAAAUCAACAGCCAUGAUCAUUGUAACACCUUUAUGAAUUUUAAAGUACUUGUUAUCUAUUUCCGAGAGAGCAUGUAAAAUACCUCUACCUUCGAAGAACGCCAGGCAGAAAGUGGUCGCUUCAAGUGCGUAUUGAACAUCACAUUAUGACGUAACGGUCGUGUUACGCAUCUGUGAUUGAUAAAUAGUUAAAUAUGAAGCAAUAAAGGUUAAUAUUGUCCAAGAUCACAGUAUUUUUACACAUUUAAAGAUGUGCGAACAGUACUGCUUUGGAAAAAUCAUUUGUUUUCAUUUUCCAUUCCAUUUUAGAUGUACAUAUAGCAUCCAUGACAUAAAUCAAUAAUGUACUGGAUUUUAUACACACAUAUUAAAACUUACACACUGCUGAAACAGCUGAUCCCGUCGUUAUAUAUAACGUGUACCAAACCUUACAAUUAUCGACGGUAUUUCUUUUUAGUUCUUAUAAAAACACAUGUAUGUUUUUUUUCCGUAAAAUGUCGUAGAUUUAUUCAUUGAAUGUUAAGACGAAUUUCUGCAAAUUUGGUCACUCAGAAAUGACUCAUUUUUUUCGACAACCUUUCUUUGAAAGUUAGCUCAAGUUUCUGUAAGAGUAGUUACCUACUUUGUUCAAAGUUUGUUUAGUUUACACAAUAUCUGUUCUACUCUUAUGACACUAUAUUUUAUUUAUUUAUUUUUUACUGUGUUCAGUGUCAGAAUGUCACUUGAAUACCUCUAGCAUCUCUUCAGUCAUUUUUAUGAGUUUUCAAACGAAAAACACAAGCAAGUUAUCUAAAUAAUUUCUUUUGUUUUAACUUGUAACAUUUACUGGUUUGUUGUAAAUUAUUUUAUCACAGGGAGUCUUUAUGAAUAUUAAUAUGCUUUAUUGAAGGUCAUGUGCAAAACGUUACACUCGGUAUGAGUUAUGGAAGUAAAACAUCUCACUGUCAGUAACAAAUGAAACACUCAGACAGACUUCAACAUAUAUAUUUUUAUUAAAAACUUUUAGACAAACGUAACAAAUAUUUGUUUUCUUGAGUAACAUUACAAACGUUCAACAAAAAUUUAGAACAGUCAGGAUAUAUUUGGUUUUUCUGAAUCAUUCAGACUUCAAGAAACGAUUGGAUUUGCGUUUUGCAACUUUCAGAAUAAAGAAUUUCCUUUAUCUUUGCUCCCUAAAAUUGCUAAAUAUAGCUUUUCUAGUCCAAUGUUUCUUUUUUCAAACCUUUAGAAAAAAGUACCAUAUAGAUCAACAUAGAAAUUUAAUUUAUAGUGUGACUGACCGGCAUAUUACCAGAGACCUCGACCUCAACAGAAAACGUAACAAAAGAGGUGAGAGGGUUCUAAUUUCCUUUUGAUAUUGAUAUUUCGUCUGCCAAUAUGUGCUGAUCAUUUUAUAUAUCUUUCUAAAGAUACCCCUUAAUAGAUCAGUGCUAUAUCAUAGUUCAACGAAGGCAGUUUUUGAGAUAUGCAAAUGACCUUCAAGAAUAUGUUAUCUUUUUCAAUUUAAUGUGUGUUGUUCGAUUUUAGUUCUUUUCAUAUUUUGUAAAUACUGUUAUAUUUGUGUACAAAUACGUUAAAGUAAAAUAAAUUAUAAACUCGUUCAUGUA